AAGACGCAUCUACUCAGAAGGUGAACGAGAAAUAAUGAAACUGGACAAAUUGUGCGUUCGUGUUUCGGUGUCAUUUAUUAACUUCUGCGAAGUAAUCCUGUGGAAAUCUCUAAUCUGCACCCUGCUGUUAUAUUUAUCGCUUACAGCUGUCACUUAUUGUUCGCUGGUACCUUAUGUUGACAGACAUCUGCUAUCGGAUGAGGGAGAUCAAUUUAAUGUGGCAGUCAGAGGAUCAGGUGGGCAGCGCUUCUCGGACGAUCAGAAGUCCGAUUCGAUACAAUGUAACCCGCUUAUAAACUACAUAGCUGUUAUUUCCCUUUGCAUCACUUACACCGUGUACGUGUUUGAAUCGUACUCGUAUCCAAUCAGGAAAGAAUUACGCAAUAAAAUGACGUUGAAAAAGUGUCUGAGCUUAGUCCGCACAUACACUCAGUCCUUUCCGAUUAUUUGGUGGCGAGCUAUUUGUUAUCAUUACGCUAGACGGUCCAAACAGAUCACGUCGGUUCGAAACGGUGAGAGGAUUUUGAUCACCCAGGAGUAUCUGGAACGACUCGACACAAACACGGCGUUGUCGGCUUUCGACUUCUCGCAGUUCCGAGUAGAAGAUGUAACUCGGCUGCCACCAAAGUUCAAUUCGAAACCAAUUACUGAGAUUUCGUUCUUCAAGAGUUUCGGCUUUGCGAACGCGGAGGCUGAAAAUGAGUAUCUAGCCCAGAGGUCCAGUUUUCUGAUGGAAAGCGAGAGCAAAGAUGAUUACAUAGAAACAUGUGAAGGAAUGAACUUGAGUGACGUGGACUUCUUGACUGAAGUUGUCAUGUUCAAUGAAGGGAUGAGACCCUGGUUCAUAAGCCACGCCCUCUAUUGCAUCACCACUUUCGUAGGCUUCUCAUACCCUUUUCGCCUCCUUCUAAAGUGUUACACAGUACACGUGGAUGUGACCAUCGAGAAGAUAUUCUGCAAGCUAGAACAGUCGGCUAAUUUGCCCAGUGGGAGGAAUGGCACGCCGCAACAGCCGCAGAGUAUGAACAGCCAUGAAAAUGAAUUCUUCAACAACUGGAAUCGAGAAUUCAACCUUGCUGUCGAACUACCACCUGCCUACUCGGAUGCUCUGAUGUGGGAACCCACGGAGAAAGGAACCCUCAGCCGCAAAUACGUGAACAAAUCCACCCAAAUGAGUCGAAACCAAUCCCUAACUUCCGUUAACGCCAUCAAACCGAUUGUUAAGAAUACGAACGAAUCACAAGCUGCGAACUCUUCAAAAGUGAAGAUAAAGAAGUCUGAAAGUCUGCGAAGCAUUGGCAAAGUUUUAAAAUCUCCUUCAACAAUGAGUUUUGCCGCAAGAGGGCGAGCUACUGAUGGCAUGAUCAAUUCAAAAUCGUUCGGACAUGUAAUCGAAACACUUGACAAUCGAACGACCUACUGCGUCCAUUUCGAUAAAGAACGAUGUCUAAUCAAUGUCGCGAAUAAUCCAUUGCCGCGGUCGUACCAGCAGAACCAUAAUUUCAGACAUCAAUGCGAUACAGUUACGGAAAUGGAAAUAAAUGGGACAUAUUUGGAAUCAGGGCAACUGACCUCUAAUGGUACAGGAGGAACUUCUGAAAACAGAUUUGGCGAGAACCAAAGAGUUGCUAAACCAAUCACGAAGAGUUUCUCGCUCUUCUCUUUCAACUCGAAUAAGCCAAACUUGAAAUAGACUUCGUGUCAAUCAUUUUUUAAUUUAACGUUUUUUUCUUU